CCCGCUCAACGCGAAGCCCGGCACCAUGAUCGCCAUGAGCCCGACCGUUACGCUGAGGGGUGCGUACAAGUUUAGUAUGAAGAAGUUGGUGGCCGGUGGUGAGAUGGGGCAUUCGACCUUCACUGGGCCGGGCGAGCUGCUGCUCGGUCCGCCCUUCAUGGGUGAUAUCACGAGCAUACGGCUCAGCGGAGAUGAGAGCUGGAGUGUGGGCCACGAUGGCUAUCUGGCGAGUACCCAAGGUGUUGUGAAGGAAUACAAGAGGCAGGGCCUGGGGAAGGCCAUGUUUAGCGGGGAGGGCCUGUGGGUAUACAAGAUUAGUGGGGUUGGGCUGUUGUGGUUGACCAGUUUCGGUGCCAUCAUCAGGAAAGAUCUCGUGGAAGGAGAGAAAUACAUCGUCGAUAAUGGCCACCUGGUCGCAUGGAACACAAAAUAUGUGAUGGAGCGAGUCGCAUCUGGCGGAAUCAUCUCGGGUCUCGCCUCUGCGGAGGGCCUCGUGUGCAAAUUCACUGGCCCAGGAACUGUCUUCAUUCAGACCAGAAACGCGAAAGCUUUCGCCGGGUACAUGUCUGGCAAUGCUGCCGUGGCGUCUUAGUUCGUCUCUUGUUAAAAUUUGCCUCGAAGUAAUGGUCCGAGCCAGAAAAUCUAUAUGGGUUCUCUUUUCUUCUCUUCUCUAAUCUCUCCUGGGUCGCCUGUGGUGCGAGACAAGGUCGAUAGCUUCUUCAGAAUAGCUUUUUCUUUUUGAGUAACCAUGUAUAAUUCUCAUCGGCGGGCCAAACAACCAUGCCUUUAUUCAGCGACCAGCAUGUCAUCAUAG